UUGUUGAUUUGAUUUGUCUGGGUUCAGUCCAUGCGAGUCCAAUUAAAUAAAUAGCAGAUUCCGCGCAAUUGCUAAAUCUCUCCGUCUUCUUGUUCCUCUCGCUGAGAAUCCGAGAUCAACCCCGACCAAGUUUGGGGUUUUUCUCGGCUUCUUCUGAUUCCUCUUUUCGCGAUUUGAAAAUGGCGCCGGUUUCAGCUUUAGCCAAGUACAAGCUGGUCUUCUUGGGUGACCAAUCCGUCGGCAAAACCAGCAUCAUCACUCGCUUCAUGUAUGAUAAAUUCGACAACACCUAUCAGGCUACAAUUGGUAUUGAUUUUCUAUCAAAAACUAUGUAUCUUGAAGAUCGGACUGUUCGACUGCAGUUGUGGGAUACGGCUGGACAGGAAAGAUUUAGAAGUCUUAUUCCAAGCUACAUUAGGGACUCAUCUGUAGCUGUUAUUGUAUAUGAUGUGGCAAGCCGGCAGACUUUCCUAAACACAGCAAAGUGGAUUGAAGAGGUGCGAACAGAGAGAGGCAGUGAUGUCAUUAUUGUCCUUGUUGGGAACAAAACUGAUCUUGUUGAAAAGAGACAAGUCUCUAUAGAGGAAGGGGAAGCUAAAGCACAUGAGCUCAAUGUCAUGUUUAUUGAAACUAGCGCUAAAGCUGGGUUUAAUAUAAAGGCCCUAUUUCGAAAAAUUGCUGCAGCAUUACCUGGAAUGGAAACACUAUCUUCUGCAAAACAAGAAGACAUGGUUGAUGUAAACUUAAAGUCUUCAACUGGCAAUGCUCAAUCUCAACCUCAGUCUAGUGGAUGUGCUUGUUGAAUAUGCUUUAUCUUGUACUCGUGCACCUUUUGUGUUGUGCUUCUAGUUUUAUGCAGUUUCUCUACAGUCUCUUACAGAAUUAUAUGAAAGAUCAAAGAAUAUAUAAGCGGUGCGGCGUAGGGGUUGAUAGUUCUGUCUAGAAAAAUUCUGUUGCUAGUUGGUUAUGAUUGCGAUAAUGUACUAAUGUAGUAAAGUUGCCCAAGUUAACAUUGAAUUGUGUUCAUUGUACACUAUAAAACGUGUGAUAAGUUUAAAAUCUUUCUCGUUCAUUGAGUUCAUUG